AUGACUUUCCUUUUUUACGUUUACGAGGAUUUACAAUACAUCGUUUCUUUGAUAUAUUUUUGCGAUCUCUUGAAUUGGAACUCAAAAAAGCCAACAUCAGAUAUCUCCAUGGAAGAUUACAAAUACCUCUUCAAAGUAGUUUUGAUUGGCAAUGCUGGAGUUGGCAAGACAUGCCUUGUACGCAGAUUUACCCAGGGCCUGUUUCCACCUGGUCAAGGAGCUACAAUUGGUGUUGACUUCAUGAUCAAGAGUGUGGAGAUAGAUGGUGACAAAGUAAAGCUGCAAAUCUGGGAUACAGCUGGCCAAGAACGUUUCCGCUCUAUAACCCAAUCAUAUUACAGAUCUGCCAAUGCUCUAAUAGUAGUUUAUGAUGUGUGUUGUCAAGCUUCCUUUGAUAGUCUUAUCCAGUGGAUAAAUGAAAUAGAAACACAUACAAAUAGUAAAGUGUUAACUUACUUAGUAGGUAAUAAAAUUGAUCAGAUAAAUAGAAGAGAAAUUCCAACUAACAUUGGACAACAAUUUGCUGACAGAUACGAGAUGACUUUUCUGGAGACCUCAGCCAAAGAAGCUGACAAUGUAGAAAAGCUAUUCUUUGAUAUUGCACGAGAACUGACAAAACAGGCCAAGGCACAUGAGCUUCGGCCCCACAAUAACAAAGCCUUUCCAUCGGGUGAGACCACCCCAAUAUCUAGUUACAAUUGUUGCCGAACAUAG